CGCGGAGCAGGCGGCCGCGCGCCGAAAAGGCCGCCCUGGGCCCUAAGCCCUUUGACACCCCUCCCCUCUCCGUCCUACCCAGCAACCCCAGCCGGACUCGGGCUCCCGGCUCCGCCCCUCGCACCAGUUACUAUAGCAACUGGCCGGCCAUUCUGCAGCCUUCCCCUCCCAACCUCAACUCCAAGACACGCCCUAGCCCGCCGGUUGCUACAGCAACUGGCCCACCUCUCCGUGUCCCCCUCCCAUUCUAGCCCCUCCUUAGACCCCUUCCUCCCCGUCCCUGUACGGUUCCUAUAGCAACGACGACCCGCACACCACACCUCCAUCCUGCCCACCCUGGGUAGUCCAAACUGCCAAGCCUGGAUUUCUUCUCCCCCCCUUCCCCUCCCUAUGGGUUGCCAUAGCAAUCCUGCUGGCCUCAGUGAGUCUCCUCUCCCACCCCCUCUACCCGGCCUGUUUGGUUGCCAUGGCAACACUCACCUGCUUCAAACCCUUUUACCCCCCCCCUUCCCCUGCCCCCAGAAUUUUAGGAUUCCCUGAGCCAGGAUCAGUGGCUAGAGUAACCCUUGAUUUUGUCCCCUAGUCCCUUCCCCCCAAUUCCCAUAGGCCAGUUGCCAUGGCAACUACCAUAGAGAUGUUUCUAUGGUCACCUUAAUCUUGCCCCUGCCCAGACAUCUUCCGCUCAGUCCAUCCCCAACUAUGCAGGUUGCUAUGGUAUCCAGGCCCAGUACAGCACCUUGACCCCGCAGGAAAAGCAAUCAGCCUUGGGGAUUUCUAUACACCUCUCUGCUAAAAAGAAUCCUAGACCAGCGGAGAACCAGAACAUCCUGUUCACAGAUGGGGAAACUGAGGCCCAGAGAAAGGAAGGGACUUUUCAUAAGGGCACACAGGAAGUCAGGGUCAGAGCUAGGAUUGCAACCAGGGCCUUGGAGAUGACAUCUGAUAUCCCUCCUCGCUCCAUCAGUAUACUGGUCCAAGUAUUUAUUGAGUACCUCCUGCCCACCUGAAUCCAGUUCCAGUGAGACAAGAGUCUAAUGGGACAGCAACUCAAGUUUCCAUGAUGUUUCAAGGGUUACAGAACACUUCUGAGCUAAGCCAUUUCCUUUCAGCAGCCUUACAUGGAAACUUGAGGCUUACUCCACAUCAUCCAGGCCUUGGACUCUUUCUGCUGACUGGUUCCUUUCAUUGCUUUCUCAGAACUGGUCCCUGCCCCUAGGGCUUAGGGUGUGAGAUGGUAUGAGAUAGUUCCUGGGUCCUCUGCUCUGUGAUGGUCCAGGCUGAGCCCGGGGGGCAGGAGGGGGCCAAGAGAAGGAUUCCUCCUCUCCAAGAGACAAGGCCUUCAGUCGGUUCAGCAGAAGCUGCUUGAGCUGUUUACCACCAGGGACAGAAAGAAGUGUCGAGUGGAAGAGGGAGUGCGUAUAGUGGGAACAGAAGAAUUUGAAGGCACCAUCUACUAAUCAUAAUCACCCUCUGCAGCCUCAGUUUCCUCCUCUGUAAAAUGAGGGGUUUGGACUAGGCUACCAGGAUCCCGGGGCCAGCCCCACUUCCAAAAGCCAGAUGCGUCUUACCCGAUGCCAGGUCGCGCUGGCGGCCGCUAUCACCCUCAACCUCCUUGUCUUCUUCUACGUGUCGCGGCUGCAGCAGCAGCGCCGGCGGGGGGGCCGGGCAGUGCGGCCCCCCCGCCUUCCACACUCGGCCCCAGACUCUCGGGUCACUGUACUCAUCCGGGAAUUUGAAGCCUUUGACAACGCUGUGCCCGAGGUGGUGGCCUCCUUCCUGCACCAUGACCCCAGCCAGCCCAUUGUUGUGGCCGCCGACACCCUUCCCUACCCGCCCCUAGCUCUUCCUGCAGUUCCCAACGUCAGGCUGGCCCUGCUUCAGCCUUCCCUGGAUCGGCCGGCUGCCGCUUCCCAGGCAGAAACUUAUGUGGACACGGAGUUUGUGGCCUUGGUGCCUGAUGGGACGAGGGCAGAGUCCCCCGGGCAGCUCCAGCGCAUGGCAGAGGAACUGAAAAACACCCAUGCCCGGCUGGUGGCUGCACCCGUGGCAACAGCAAACCCCCCCCAUUGCCUGGCGCUGGAGGUGAAUCUGCGGGAGUGGACAGCCAGCUACGGACCAGCCCCAGACCCUCCCUUCUGCGAUGCCCUGGACGGAGAGGUCGUGGUGGUGGUCAGGACGCGGGAUCUCUUUAACCUCUCCAUACCCCUUGCCCGACCCAUGAGCACUAGCCUCUUCCUUCAGACCUCGGUUCGAGGCUGGUCCGUGCGCCUCCUAGACCUGCCCUUCGCCCCUGCCCGGCAGCCUCCCUUGGCCACGGCCCACGCCCGCUGGAAGGCCGAGAAGGAAGGCCGCGCCCGGCGUGACGCACUCCUGCGGACGCUGGGCAUGCGGCUGGUCAGCUGGGAGGGCGGGAGGCAGGAGUGGUUCGGCUGUGGCAAGGAGACGGCCAGGUGCUUUGACACGGUGGUAGGCGACACUCCUUCCUACCUCUACGAGGGCCGCUGGACGCCCCCCUGCUGCCUGCAGGCCCUCCGCGAGACCGCCCGGCACGUCAUCGGCGUCCUCGAGGCCGCCCGGGUCCGCUACUGGCUGGAAGGGGGAAGCCUGCUGGGAGCGGUGCGGCACGGCGACAUCAUCCCUUGGGACUAUGACGUUGACCUGGGCAUCUACCUCGAGGACGUGGCCAACUGCGAGCAGCUGCGGGGGGCGGAGGUCGGCUCGGUGGUGGACGAGAGAGGGUUCGUGUGGGAGAAAGCCGUGGAGGGAGACUUCUUCCGGGUCCAGUACAGCGAGACCAACCACCUCCACGUGGACCUGUGGCCCUUCUACCCCCGGAACGGCGUCAUGACCAAGGACACGUGGCUCGACCACCGCCAGGACGUGGAGUUCCCCGAGCACUUCCUCCACCCGCUGGUGCCACUUCAGUUCGCGGGCUUCUUGGCCCAGGCCCCCAACAACUACCGCCGCUUCUUGGAGCUCAAGUUCGGGCCUGGCGCCAUCGAGAACCCAGAGUACCCCAACCCAGCCCUCAAGAGCCUGGCGGGCAGCGGGUGAUGCUGGGGGGAGCCGGCGGCUGCUCUGUGCCCGACCGGCUCUCUGUCCUGCAUGGAGAAGAUCUCGAGGCUGGCCAGGAACAGUGGGGGGGUCAUGGGGAGGGGGACUCAGCAAGGGGAGCAAUAAAAGACCCCCUGCCACUGGGCUGGCCCAGA